AGGGAGGCGGGAGGACAAUACAGAGAUCCUAGAUGCUCUCUAUUCUACCCCCUCUCUCUAUCUCUCCCCACCCCCUCUCUUUUCUCUCCACCCCUCUCUCCCACUCCCUCCGUCAUUCCAUCAGGUCCUCACAAACACAGAAGUUCAGAGGGAAGACAGCUCCCCUACCAGAGAAGGAAAGAUAGAAAGAAACGGAGAAAGAGAGAAACAGUGAGGGGAAUAAAAAAAAGAAGUGGUAUUAACAGUGGAGGACAAGUUUUGGAGGAGAGGAGAGCAAAGGGAGAGAGGGGUGGUUUGGGUGGGGGGUGGGUAGCGUACAAGGCUGCUCCGUCUGUCUCCUCCAUCCCUCCKUCUCCGUCGCCGUGGGUUCACAGCUCUCCCUCUCCCUCCCCCCCUCCCUYGCUCCCUACCUCCCCCGCUCGCUGCUGCCGGGAGCCUCCGAGCUGCUGCGGCGGAGGUCGUCUCGGAUGGAGUCGCCGAGAGACGUAGGAGGAGAGACGAUGGAGCGUGGGGAGCGGCCGGAGCGGGCCGAGCCGCUGACCGAUGCCGAGCGGGAGAUCAUCCAGAACACCUGGGUACACGUCUACGAGAACUGCGAGGACGUGGGCGUGUCGGUCCUCAUAAGGUUCUUUGUGAACUUCCCAUCGGCCAAGCAGUACUUCAGCCAGUUUCAGGACAUGGAUGACCCAGAGGAGAUGGAGCGCAGUGUCCAGCUGAAGCACCACGCCCGCCAGGUGAUGGGCGCCAUCAACAAGGUGGUGGAGAACCUCCACGACCCAGAAAAGGUGUCCUCUGUUCUUGCUCUGGUGGGCAAGGCGCAUGCUGUCAAACACAAGGUGGAGCCUAUGUAUUUUAAGAUCCUGUGUGGUGUACUGCUGGAGGUGUUCUCGGAGGACUUCCCAGAAUUCUUCACGGCAGAAGUGCAAAUGGUGUGGACCAAACUGAUGGGGGCGGUGUACUGGCAUGUGACGGGCGCCUACACAGAGGUUGGCUGGGUGCAACUCUCCAGCUCGGCAGUGUGAGGGGCGAUAGCAGGGGAGUGCAGGGCUGUAACGGUCUGUACGGAUCCUGAAGGGGAAGUUUGGUCUCUGUAAUGCCCCUGUCCAAGAAAAAUGAAGGGAACAGGGAUGGAGGAAGGUGAUUUUUAGGGCUGCGACUGUUCAUAGAAUAUCUUGUUGUGUUCAACUUUUGGGGGAGUCUUUCCCUUCUCCCUGCUGACUCAUUGUGUGUACUUUACUGUAUAGCCCCUGAGGUGUUGUCUGUAUAGCCCCUGAGUUGUUGUCUGUAUAGCUCCUGGGAUGUUGUCUGUAUAGCGUACAGUAAGUGAGUGUGUGUAUUCUCUUAUGCCGUCAUUCAACACUCAUUGUAGUAUCGUAAAUCUUCAAUGUUUUCAAGGGAACUAAGGGCUCCAUUUUAGGGAGUUUUGUUGCUCACUGAAAGUAUGCCACUUUGGAUUCCCAAAUACACCCUGUCUCUUUCCAUGCCCAUCUCAUGCACUAUACAAACACACCCAUCUGCUAUCACCCUGUCCAUACGGCAAAUGGCUAU